GUUGAUAUUGACUGGGAAUAUCCAGGAAGACAAGGAAUGAUAUGCAAUGUAGUAAAUCAAAAGGAUGAUGCUAACAAUUUUUUGACAUUGCUAACAGAAAUGCGUGCUGCAUUAGGCAAUGACAAGUUGCUCACAUUGGCUGUAUCAGCUUCUCCAUUUGAUGGCCCAAAUGGUACAAUAAGUGACGUAAGUCCAUUUGCUAAAUUAGUGGACUGGGUUAACAUCAUGGCAUAUGAUGUUAGUGUCUCUGAUGGAAAUAAUGAGAGUUGGGUACAAUUUACGGGACCAAAUGCACCUUUUGACAUUCCUGAUACAACAACUAACCGUGUGUCUUUCAAAAGUUCGAUUUCAAAUUGGAUGAAUGCCGGAAUGCCAAGUUCUAAGAUUGUUAUGGGAGUUAAAUUUAUGGGACGAGCACAAACUGCUCUAGAACCAAUGUCAACAAGUCAAUAUGUUAAACGUGACCCUGUUGUUCCUGAAGGUGAUCAAUCUGAUCAAAUGUCUGCAGACCCAUGUCCUGGUGCUAGCUCUAGUUAUUCUGGUGUAUGGUCUUGGAUAAAUUUAAGACAACAAGGUCUUUUGAGUUGCACUAUGAAAGGUAGUAGCUCUUGGAUACGUAAUUUUGACAAUAUUACACAAACACCAUGGCUAUAUAAUCCAGAUACAAAUAUUUAUAUUUCUUACGAUGACCCACAAUCCUUGUAUGUAAAAGCAAAAUAUACAAAACAACAAGGAUUAAGAGGAAUGGCCAUUUGGGAAAUAUCAGAUGAUAAUGGUCAAGAGUUACUUAAUACAAUUCAAGUAUUAAAUAAAAAUAUUGCAUCUCCAACUAAUGAUUGUUCCGGUGCAUUAAGUGGUCCUGCUAUUGCUGGAAUCACUUUAGGACUUGCUACUUUAUUAUCAAUAGCUACAUUUAUAUAUUAUUGGUAUAAAAACAAAACUGCGACCGUUGUUAGUCCGACUAAUGUAAAA